UUUGAAAGCAAGAGGGGGGGCGGGUUCCCGAAUGGGCAACUACGACUCCCGGCAUCCCCUGCGCCUCAGCGCAUGCGGGAAAGAUGGGGGACGAGGAAGAGAAGCAGCAGCCGCGCGUGCUGCAGAUGGUACAAGCUGAGGGAUCAGAUAAGAGCUGUGUCACAUUUGUGCUCCACAAUGAGGACCAUACCCUUGGCAACUCUCUGCGAUACAUGAUCAUGAAAAACCCUGAAGUUGAGUUUUGUGGUUACAGCAUCACUCAUCCCUCUGAAAGCAAAAUCAACUUCCGCAUCCAGACCAAAGGGGGCCUACCUGCUGUGGAGGCAUUCCAGAAGGGACUGGAGGAGCUGAUGGGCAUCUGCCAGCACGUACUUAGCACGUUCGAGGCAAGUGUAGAAGAAUACAAGACCAAGAGCGAUGUGACUGUGGGAUAGCAUGGCAACGCCAGCAUCACGGAUAAACCUGCACACUUAGCAGCGGGUUUGGGGACUAUGACUGAUUCCUGGAGCCUUUUCUAAUGCCUGCAGAUGGAAUCCUCCUCCUCCUUUUAGGUUUUAGCACGUCCAUCGCCAGGGAGUGGCGAAAGUCCUGUCUCGUCACUGCAAGCCGUUUAUUAAUGCUGGUAACCUCCCAAGGCCUCGGGCUUGUGACUGGCACGAAGUGUAUAUUUUCAUUUGGCUGUUAAAGUGCAUUUGAAAUUUCUUUUUAAAGCUGUCGGAAUAGCUGAAUACGGUGUUCUCCCCAAAGCAUUGAGGGCUGAGGCGUGCGAUGGUUUUACCUGGUCCCAAUGUUAAUAAAAAGGUACCUGAACAACA